GCACGUUAAUUAACAACACCAACGACAUGUCGGACAACCAGAGUUGGAACUCUUCUGGUUCCGAAGAGGAUUCGGAGCCCAGAGAGGAGACGGGGAACUUGGUGGGCGUCGGCGUGUUCGGCGGGGUACUCAGCAAGUGGACCAACUACAUCCACGGAUGGCAGGACCGCUGGGUAGUGCUGAAGAACAACACGCUCAGCUACUACAAGUCGCAAGAUGAGACCGAGUAUGGUUGCCGUGGCUCGUUAUGCCUCAGCAAGGCAGUUAUCACGCCCCACGAGUUUGACGAGUGCAGGCUGGACAUCAGCGUCAACGACAGCGUGUGGUACCUGAGGGCCCAGGACCCCGAGCGCCGGCGCUUCUGGAUCGACUCCAUCGAGCAGCACAGGGCCGAUCCGGGCUACGGUUCCGAGUCCAGCCUGCGGCGACAUGGCUCCAUGCUGUCGCUCACUUCGGCCACCAGCAUCUACUCGGCCACCUCUACCUCAUCCUUCAAGAAGGGCCACAGCUUGACGGAGAAACUGGCGGAGAUGGAGACCUUCCGAGACAUCCUGUGUCGGCAGGUGGACACGCUGCAGCGAUACUUUGAUGGCUGUGCCGACGGCGUGUCCAGGGACGAACUACAGAGGGACAAGAUCAUGGAGGACGAUGAGGACGAUUUUCCCAGCACUCGCACCGACGGAGAGUUUCUUCACAACAACAGCGCCAAAGACAAACCGUACCAGUGCCCCAAUCCCAAGGGAGUGAACGGCAUCGACUUUAAAGGCGAGGCCAUCACGUUCAAAGCCACCACCGCCGGAAUCCUGGCCACCCUUUCGCACUGCAUCGACCUGAUGGUCAAGAGAGAGGACAGCUGGCAGAAGAGGCUGGACAAGGAGAUGGAAAAAAGACGAAGAAUCGAGGACAGCUACAAGUCGGCCCUCAACGAGUUGAAGAAGAAGUCCCACUUUGGUGGCCCUGAUUAUGAGGAGGGUCCGAACAGCCUCAUCAACGAGGAGGAGUUCUUCGACGCAGUUGAAGCCGCUCUUGACCGACAGGACAAAAUCGAACAGUGUCAGACGGAGAAGACCAGAAUGCAGAGAUCUAGUCCACUUCCACCACCAGACAUCUUCUCCAGCUCGGGCUCUCACAGAUUAUCUGAGCAGGUGGAGGAGAUGGUGCAGAGUCACAUGACCUACUCGCUUCAAGACGUCGGCGGUGAUGCAAACUGGCAGCUGGUAGUGGAAGAAGGAGAGAUGAAGGUGUACAGGAGGGAAGUGGAGGAGAAUGGCAUUGUGCUGGACCCGCUGAAGGCCACGCACUCUGUAAAGGGCGUGACGGGACAUGAGGUGUGCCACUACUUUUGGGACACAGCCUACCGCAACGACUGGGAGACCACCAUCGAGAACUUCAACAUUGUGGAAACGCUGUCGGAGAACGCCGUCAUUGUCUACCAGACGCACAAGAGGGUUUGGCCUGCCUCCCAGCGUGACGUUCUGUACCUGUCGGCCAUGCGCAAGAUAGUGGCAAGCAACGAGAACGACCCCGAUACGUGGCUGGUGUGCAACUUUUCCGUGGACCACCACGACGCGCAGCCAAGCAGCCGCUGCGUACGAGCCAAGAUCAACAUCGCCAUGAUCUGCCAGACCCUGGUCAGUCCACCAGAGGGCGACAAGGAGAUCAGCAGAGACAAUGUGCUUUGUAAAAUCACAUAUGUAGCCAAUGUGAAUCCCGGAGGCUGGGCGCCAGCCACGGUGCUGCGGGCAGUGGCCAAGAGAGAGUACCCCAAGUUCCUGAAGCGCUUCACCUCCUACGUGCAGGAGAAGACCGCUGGCAAGCCCAUCUUGUUCUGAUCCUCUCUUGCAAUGUCACAUCAAAUCUUUAUUGUAGCAAGCCGUGUUCACACUGAAGAGGAUUAAAAAAAACAAGCACACAUACAAUCACACAGCUUUGAACCUGAAAAAAAAUAGUUGGUCAAAUAGAUGGUAAAAUGUAAAUGUAAAACUUUUUCCUGGGAAAAAAAAAAAUCUGAUCAUAAUUUCUUUUUUUUCCUUGGAAAAAAAUAUUUUUCUGUAAGAAAUAGGCUUAAGACUUUUAUUAAAAGAGAAGUUUGAUUUUGUUUCAAGGUUUUUAAUUGUUUGUUUUUCUCUCUGAGAACAUUUUCCUUGAAAAAAAAAUCCAAUAUUUUCAGACUUUUUAUGACUAAAAAUAUCUUUUUUGAAGAAAUACAGUUUUCUUGAAAAUUAUAUGUAUUAUUUUCAAGGAUUUCUUUUCUCUGACACCUGCUUUUUUUUUCUCAAAAUACUUCACCCAAAAAAUCUUAUCUUGACUGCCAUAACUAUUUUUAUUUAUAACUUUUGACUCGCACCAGAUAAAAUUCAACCUUUUUUUUUUUUUUUUUAACUUUUCAGUGUGAAACUAAUAUUACUUGAUAUGAUUGACACCAAGCAAGAUUUCUUCCCAGCCGCCAAUGUGCUCCAGCAACAUUUCAGAUUGCUUGGUUACUCAAUGCAAAGUGCAUUGAAACGACGUGUACGUAUGUUCUAUAACAAAGUUGUAAAGAGCUCCAAGAGACAUAUCUUUGCUAUCAGACUGUUUUAGACUUGCAGCUUUUUUUUGCAGUGAUGAUUUAUUUGAUUGUAUAAAGAGAACCGAGGGGACCGCCGUGAUAAACUGUGGACCCCUAUGACGUAAAACACUAAUCCCGCUAAUGAGCGCAUCUGAUUUGAAGCGCAGAGGGCAGGAUCAGCUCAAAAAAAAUUGUAAGCGUGUCGCAAAUGCUUUUUGUUGCAUCGUGACCGCAUGGAGCCCCACAUGCCUUAGUGGGUUUGUUAGAAGGGAGGUGGCAACAAUUUGACACCUAUGAUGUCAUUAGACAAGUGCCCAUAUAUUGAGAAACAAACAUUUUUACAAUCUAUAAUGUUCAAUUGUGAUGUGACAUCUAGACUUUGGCUUCCCCUUUACUAAUUGGAUUUGCUUGUGCAUUUUUACCUGAUUGUUAUGUUGCCAAUUAAAAUGACAUGUUUUAAAA